CUCGGGACUACGCAUCCCAGGCAACCCCGCUCGCGGCGGCGGCUGGUUGGCUGGCUGGCUGCUUGCUCGCUCGCUCUCUCGCAGCCUUGUUCUUCCCCUCAGCCUCCUCCGGCGGUGCUGUUCCUUCCCCAGCACCUACUGCCGCGCUCUCGUCUCCGCAGCCGGGCCGCCCCCGUCACGCGAGUCCCCGGCUUCGUUCGCGGCCUGCUUUGGAGCAUGGCACGUCCGGCGGUGCCCAGCUCGGCGAAAGCGCUGCUCCUGGAGCUGAAGGGCCUUCAGGAGGAGCCCGUGGAGGGCUUCCGCGUCAGCCUGGUGGACGAAGGCGACCUCUACAACUGGGAGGUGGCCAUCUUCGGACCCCCCAACACCCACUACCAGGGAGGCUACUUCAAGGCUCGUCUCAGGUUCCCCAUUGACUAUCCAUAUUCACCGCCCGCCUUCAGGUUCCUGACCAAAAUGUGGCAUCCGAACAUAUACGAGACAGGAGAUGUUUGCAUCUCCAUCCUGCAUCCUCCGGUGGAUGACCCACAGAGCGGAGAACUGCCUUCAGAAAGGUGGAAUCCCACCCAAAAUGUCCGGACCAUCCUCCUCAGCGUGAUCUCGCUCCUCAACGAGCCUAACACCUUUUCCCCAGCAAACGUUGACGCUUCUGUCAUGUACCGCAAGUGGAAGGAGAGCAAAGGAAAGGACCAGGAAUACACGGACAUCAUUAGGAAGCAAGUGCUGGGCACAAAGGCAGAGGCCGAGCGGGAUGGCGUCAAGGUCCCCACCACGCUGGCAGAAUAUUGCGUCAAGACCAAGACCCCGGCGCCAGACGAGGGCUCGGACCUCUUCUAUGACGACUACUAUGAGGACGACGAGAUGGACGACGAGGUGGACAGCUGCUAUGGCGACGAAGAUGAUUCCGGCAAUGAGGAGUCUUGACAAGGAGGACCCCCUUCCUUGCCCCUUUCCUCCUUCCCCCCAUUCCCUUUUGCCCCCUUCCAACGCUGCCUCCUCCUCCUGCUGCUGCUGCUCCUGAUAGUAGCAAUAAACUAUCUGACUCUUUUACUUGAACCCAGGAUGGAUCCGGCUGAGGCUUUGGAACCCCUGUUUGCCCCGAAUUGAAAUGAGAGAGAAUGAGAGAGAGAGAGAGAGAGAGAACUCUACCUCAAAAAGGGAGACUUGGUUUCUGCUUGAAGUGGCUGGGAUGGGGAGGGAGGGAUUCUUUCUUUUUUAGGGGGAUAGAUUGACCAUUUGGCUUUUGGUUUAGCGUUUGUUUUGUGUUUUGUGCAGAGGAGGAGGAGUUAAUCAUAGGGAUUUUUGAGAGGGAUUGUUGAUUCCCCAGGUGUUUCAUUCUUGGUCGCAUUGAGACGAAGCACCAAGACGCAGCACUGGGUGUUUUGAACGUUUUUGCUUCCAUUUAUUUUUAAAAAAACAUUUAUUACACUAUAAGACUUUGAUUCUGAAUGAGGGGCAUCUGAGCUUGCGGAUGGAAAGGCACUAAGAGAACCAGAGCACCCCUCCUUCCAUUAAUUGGUGUUUUCCCUUUUUUUUAGAAAUGUGGGAAUUACAGAGUCCGGUUCCCCACUCAGCCACUGGGAGGCACUGCUUGGCCGUCUUUCCACUGCAUUGUCUUUUCACUUUGGGAAUGUUUGCGUCCCCUUCAGAAUGACAGGAAAUGGAGAUAUUUUUUUUGCGAACAUGGGGGGGGGGGUGCCUUUUCUUUGUAACAAUCGUUUUGGGGGGUUUAUUUUGCUUUUGUGGUUUUGUUCCGUGUUUCGGGGGAGUUUGGGGUUUAAUUUGUUUCUCCCUCUUGGUUUUGAAGCUAUUUAAUAAAAAGGACUUUGAAAGGAAA